UAAAUUUCCAUUUUUCUUUUUAUUUAUUGAAUACAAUAGAAAAAAAAAACCAUUGACAAAAAUUCAAGGUACAUUAUAAGCGAAGACAAUAUUGUUGUAGUGACUUGUUAGAUCUAUUUCACCUAUCACAUUUAGUGAAAUUCACAUCUCGUUGACGUUGCUUUCGCAUUUCAUUAUUUCUCGGCUUGUAACGUUUGGAAUUAGCAUUUUGCUUGUUGUUUUUGUUUGAUUUGUUCAUCUUUUUUUGCGUUUUAUUUUUGGUUGAUUUCAGGAUCACAAUAGACAAAAGUAUCGUUUAGUAUGUCGUUUCAAAAGUUUCCCCGUCAUUUACUAUCCAUUGGUGAUUUGAGUCGUCAAGAGCUCUUGAAGCUAAUUACUCGUUCUGCUGAAAUUAAACAUGAGUCCAAAAGAAGAUUUGCCAACAGAGAAAACUGUCAACUCGGUGGACUCGAAGGUCAAAAUAUCGCCAUGAUUUUCAACAAACGCAGUACACGCACUCGUGUCUCUGUCGAAACCGGUGUUAAUAGUCUCGGCGGAACGCCCAUGUUUUUGGGAAAAGAGGACAUCCAACUGGGUGUGAAUGAGUCCUUCUAUGAUACGUCCAAGGUGGUUUCUAGUAUGGUUGCAGGCAUCGUUGCUCGUGUUAGCAAGUAUGACGACGUAGCCAGUCUGGCCAAACAUGCUUCUUGCCCUGUCAUCAAUGGUCUUUGUGAUACCUUCCAUCCUUUACAGGCAUUAGCCGAUUUGCUCACCAUCCAAGAGGCCUUUGGUAGUUUCAAGAACUUGAAGCUCGCCUGGAUCGGUGAUGCCAACAACGUCUUGCAUGACUUGAUGAUUGCUUGUGCUAAGGUUGGUAUCGAAACAAGCAUCGCCAAUCCAAAGGAUGUCAAGAUUCGUAGCGACAUUCUUGAUAUGGUCCAUGAAAGCUCCAAAGAAUCAAAUUCAAAGUUUUCUGUCGGCAAUGAUCCUGCAACUGCUGCCAAAAAUGCAGACAUUGUGGUUACGGAUACUUGGAUUUCCAUGGGUCAAGAGGCUGAACGUCAAGUUCGUCUCAAACAAUUUGCUGGUUUCCAGGUUACGGAGAAGAUUAUGCAGCUAGCAAAACCUCACUGUAAAUUUAUGCAUUGCUUGCCCCGUCACCCAGAGGAAGUCUCGGAUGCUGUGUUUUACGGACCAAACAGUUUAGUAUUCCCAGAAGCUGAAAACCGUAAGUGGACAACCAUAGCUGCAUUAGAAGCUUUGAUCGUCAACCGUGGUGAGAUUUAAUGGUUGUCUACAUCCAUUUUUGGAUCAAAAAUUCCCUACAUAAAAAGCUAAUAUUAUCUUUGAUUUUCCAGUCAUGGAUACACAAAAUAUUUAAAAGCAAAUGUGCAAUUUAUAAAUACCGCUUUGAUGCAUUCUUGUUGUUCUUACAUUUAUAUUUUGAUAAUUAAAUAUUAAAUUGGAAAAAAAUAAAAUAAAAUAAAAUAUAAUAUAAUUCACUAGUG